GCUUCCUCCUCUCUCUCUACUGUGGUCAAAUUGAGACGUGUCUUUGAUCCCUUUCGCGGCUCUAUGACCCGGGACGCUUCGAAUUCCCCGUAAAACUGAUCGUGCUACGUGCUGUUCUGUGAGUUCGAUCAGGCGACUCUCGACCGCGUGAUCGAUCGAUCAAUCUGUCUACCUGUGUCGUGUUUUGUUGAAUUUGUUCAAUCUAGAAUGGGACGGGCGAUGAUGUGAAGAAGAUCGUUAGCAUGUUGAACGAAGCCGAAGUUCCUCCCGAAGAUAUCGUGGAGGUGGUGGUGAGCCCUCCGUAUGUAUUUCUUCCUCUGGUAAAAAAUCUGCUGAGAUCUGAUUUCGGGGUCGCGGCGCAAAACUGUUGGGUCCGCAAAGGCGGUGCCUUCACCGGAGAGAUCAGUGCUGAAAUGCUUGUCAACUUGAACAUUCCUUGGGUCAUCCUCGGUCAUUCUGAAAGGAGACUUCUUUUGAAUGAGUCGAAUGAGUUUGUUGGUGAUAAAGUCGCAUACGCGCUAUCUCAAGGCCUGGAAGUGAUUGCCUGUGUUGGGGAGACUCUUGAGCAGCGUGAAUCAGGGUCUACAGUGGCUGUUGUUGCUGCGCAGACAAAAGCAAUUGCAGAGAGAGUUUUGAACUGGGAUAACAUUGUUUUAGCCUAUGAACCUGUUUGGGCUAUUGGAACUGGAAAGGUUGCAACUCCGGCUCAGGCUCAGGAGGUCCAUACAGAAUUGAGAAAAUGGCUGCAUGAAAAUACUGGUCCCGAAGUUGCUGCAUCUGUCAGAAUUAUAUAUGGAGGUUCUGUUAAUGGAAAAAAUUGCAAAGAAUUGGCGGCCCAGCCAGAUGUGGACGGAUUUUUGGUUGGCGGAGCUUCCUUGAAGCCGGAGUUCAUCGACAUCAUUGAGUCUUCAACAAUGAAGAAUAACAACUAGAGAUCAAAUCAGUAGUAGGCCGUUCAGCCUAACCAUUUGAUGCGUGCUUUCAGGAGAUUAUACUUGUAGUUUUUUCCCUGUAUCUGGAACCGCUGGGGGCUGCAUACUUUCUGUUACUCAAUACUCUACUUUCUCGUGCUUUUUACUGUGAGGAUAACUAAAUUUUCGGAUGGAAUAAGAGAUCCAAUGAGAUGACUGAACUGGUAUUAGCAA